UACGGUAGGAGCGCUUGCAGCGUAAUAACGUACGUUAAGAUUCUGUGGAAAUGUUCAAAUUCCAUUUGAACGCGUAAUGUUGGAUGUUGAGUUUCAUGAAUUUUAGUGAUUUUGUUUACGAACAAGUUGUCCGGAGAUUGUGUGUGACGUGAAACGAAUUUUUGUGUUUGUUUGUAAAUAUUGAUACGAGUGAACACUGGAAAAGACUCAGAACAGAAGCAAAGUGUCAAAAAAGUGUCUACAUAUGCUGAACAUUACAACAAAUUGUUCAGAUCUACAGAGGUCCGCACUAACUGCAGGAUAUAAUGGCAGAAGAAAAAAAGAAGGACUCGAGUGCAUUGUUAGCAAAGAAGAAAAAAGUUAAACCUCGUAAAUCGAGAGACGCAGACUGUUGUAGCGUCAAUUUCUUAAAGUGUGUUCUACAUAUAUUCAACGUUAUAUUUUUGUUUGCAGGGGCCGGUGUACUCCUAGUUGGCGCUUGGACGGUUGCAUCUCGGCACAGAUUCGUGUCACUGCUGCCGACGCCCACGUACCCAGCGAUAGCGUACUUGCUUAUAAUCGCCGGUGCUUUAGGAGUUCCGCUAUGCGCACUCGGCUGCUGCGGUCUCAAGACUGAAAACAGAACCAGUUUGUUGUGUUAUACGUAUUUCCUGUUGAUCACGUUCAUACUGGAGGCGGGGGCGGGCGGGCUCGCCUACUACUACGAGGUGGCCGUGGAAGACGAGCUCCGAACUGAGCUCAACACCACCUUCAUCACCAACUACGCGCUGGACACCGUCGUCACCAACGCCGUGGACACCAUGCAGACUGAGUUCAAGUGCUGCGGCGCGCGGCGCUACUCGGACUGGCGGCGCAGCGCGUGGCACGAGCACGACCCGCGCCUGCUCGUGCCCGACUCCUGCUGCCGCUCCGUGCGCCCGCGCUGCGGCGCGCGCGACCACCCCUCCAACAUCUACUACGACGGUUGUAUGCAUCAAUUCACCAAUCACAUACGAGACAAUCUAAUUAUACUAGCGGCCGUCGGCGUCGGGAUGUCCGUUAUACCUAUAUUCGGGUUUUUCUUCUCGUGCGUGCUCUACGUAAAGAUAAAACACGUUAUCGACUGACCCAGGCCUAAACCUGCGCCUCCUAAUAAGUGCAAGGUUUUUGACAAAUCGGCCUCCGCUGGUGAUUUAACAAAGACACCAAUAGUGAGGCAUCCACAAAGACCGCCAAAGAUUGUUAAAAGAACUCAAGUGAAGAGAAGCGUUAAACGUGCCCCUUGUCCCCUACACUCCAAUCCUAACAAGGAAGAGAAAAUUCCCAUAUCCACUAUCAGCGAUAAUGUCAGUAUGUAAAUUAAAUAUCUGUUUGACGAAGUGUUUUAAAACAUAUAAUUAGUGAAGGUUUUAUCUUGUUAAAUAUAAAUGUAUGCAGUACCAAGGUUUACAUAAAAUUAGUAUGACAAAUCAACAAAAAAAAAUUAGCACCAUGUUCAAUAAUUUUGGUGUCUAAAUAGGGUUUCGUUAAAAAAUUUUUUUUUUUUAAUUCCUAACUUCAACCUUUUGACGUUUCUUUUUACACCUUUUUCAUUUCUCGUUGAAGCAUACCUGCAGCAAACAUUUUCAUUUUUUUUUUUUUCGACAAUGCAUAAAUGUGAUCAUAUCGUUAAUCAUGGAUGUUUAAUAUUUAAGGCCGGGAUACUUAUAGAAAUUGCAUGUUAAUAAUAAGAUAAUUCAACGCAUAUUGCCGAUUUAUAAAUAAAAGUAAUUUAUCGAAACCAAAAUAUUCUAAAGAAUCUCCAAAAUGUACAUAAAACUGUUUGUGUGUUCAUCAGUGUUACACUGUGUUAGAAUUAAUAAAAUGUUCGUAGCUAGCUCGUAGUCUUAGACAACACGACCGAAUUUAUAUUGUGUAUUGUGUUAAGCGUGCAAUUUUAAUGUUAUUUUAAAACCGUGAUAUAAAUGAACAAAUAAAAUAACUAAUUUUCAAGUAUAAAGUUCUAAAAUCUAAAAAUAAUUCCCAAUCUCAUACAAAGCAGGUAUCACGCACGAGCGUGGUAAAAACGUGUCAUUCAAUAUUUUAAGUAAAUUAACAUAACGUUAAAGCAUAAUCAUAUUUUAAUAAAUCAUUUAUAUCACGUAAUUUAAAAUUGUAAAGGUGCUAUACUUGUUAUCGAGAUUUAAGCCAUUACGUAUGUAUAAAAAGUUGCGUGACAUCGAAAUAUAUAUAAAAUCAAUUUA